CGUCAGUUUAUUUUCAGUAUCCGGCGAGUUGACACACAAAACGCUGCACCGUCGCAGUCCGACACCGUCAAAGGGCGUAUUUUCUUGUGCCAUUAAUACCUUUUGCAAAGUGCAGCGCAUAUCAACCGUACGCGGCGCAGUGUGUGGUGGUGUGUGUGUGUGUGAUAGGAAAAUCGGCAUUUUGCAUGGAUUGUUUUCAUGACGUUUUCCACGCGAAACAACAAUAGAAACCGGUGAUUUAAACCUGCAAAAAUUGUGUUACAACCAAUGCGCAGCUUUCGUUGAGUGUAACAAAGCACAAACAAAUUUAUUGUUUGAAUAGUUAAAGAAAGCGGAAGUGCUCUCGUGGCGAGAUUAAAGUGAGGAAAACCAUGUCGGUGGUGUGAUCACAAAAGCUGUAAUUUUCAUCACACAUAUCGUGCUACGGCCAGUCGUACGGUGGUAAGCACUCUGUUAACCGAAUCUCUAUUCACCGAACCAACGAAAGUGUAGACAAGCGCUACUCCCAAGGCAUAAUUCGCAGGAGGUUAUUACAAUUUUACCGACUAAUAGUGAAAGUAGUGAAAGCCGUGAAGUGCUAUAUAAUAUAAUCACCAACCUAGUUGUUCGUAGUGUAGUAAGUGAUCACAGUGCAUUGGUACGCACACGGUAGUUGGUGCACAUUAAUCGGUGGUUAUCGCGGCGCACAGCCGUACGCUAUAUUUAUCGACCGUCUGGUGGAUGUUUGCACCCGUCUGCACCGACCCUUUGGAUGUAUCUUUUUAUCAGUAGAUGUUGAGCAAAGCUCCAAUUUUUAUACUCUACACGACCAAUACGUAACACGAAGGAUUCAACGUAAGCAACGCAACCCAACCGCACGCAACCAAACAAACAAACAAAAUCAUUACCCAGUGGACCACAACCGUAGGCAACGAAUAGUUUUGUACCUUACUGCAACAAUUUGUAACCCGUAGACACUGUAGGCACUGUUCCGUCCCGAGAAGGAAAAGAUGUCCCUACAGAAUGAUACCGAUCCGGCAACAAACUCGGGCUACGGCAGCUCAGACGAGACCGCCUCGCUGUUGGUGAUGGCCAGCACCAACAGUAGCAGCAGCGCGACCACCACGUCCGGCUCCAGCAUCAUAUCCACCAUCAACAAGCCCAAACUGGCGUCACACUCGUCCUUCAACGGCCCAACGAUGGCCACCGGUGCAAUCGCGGGUCCAAGCAGUGCCAUCGUCAACCCGAGGGCACUGUCCGCCACCGGCAACAAACCGAUUCUCAUCCGGCAGGAUCGCACCUCCACCUACCUGGCCAGCCCGCAGCUCUCCGCUACCGGGCUCGGCGGCUCGGAGGAAAGUGCCACCGGUGAGGACGACCAGCACAAUGCCCGCUCGGUGCCGGAUAUUGAGCUGCACUGUCGGCUGGAAGCGCCGGCCAUCGCCGUAUCCGCGUCCUGUCACAGCGACGGCGGAAGCGGGGGCCGUAUAGCCGCCUCGGAUCGGGCCGCCUCCACCGGUUCCGGUACCGGCGGCUACCAGCUGAUCCCGUACAACAGAUGUCGCGCCUGUCGUAACUGUGAUAGACGUGCCUCAACUACGCCGAUGUCUUCGCUAAAGCUCACCCGCUCCGUGUCGAAGGAAAGCGUCCGGAGCGCGCUGCACAGCCGCCUGACCGUGCAGCACUCGACCAUACCGCCCGUGCUCAUCACCUCCUCGCCGACGUCCGGCUCACGCAUCAUCCGCCAAAGCUCGCAGCCCGAAGCGAGCACCCUGUCCUGCUGUGCGAACCAGUGUGCGCAUGCCUGCUCCAUGCCCAGCUCGUCGUUGCGGCAGCUUCGCGAACCAGGCGACGGUAUCGCCGGCAUAGCGGCCGACUCCAUGCGCAUCAACGGCGGCAUGCGGCAGUUCAAACAGCUGGUUGCUCGUAGGCGCGAAAAGGAACAGACACUGUCGCAAAGCCGGAGAUCGCGCUUGAGGCGUGCCUUCACGGAGGCCACGAACGAGAUGACUUACGCUAGAACGCUCCGAAAGCCUGUGUCCACGUUGUCGAUUCCCGGCUCGAUGAAGACACCGUGCGCCGGUAAUCGGGAAACAGUAUCGGCUGCAUGCACAGAAGAAGCUGGCAUCGCGCUCGUGGGCGUACACUCAGAGUAUCCCAGGUACAUGGAGGAGCGAGGCCUGGGUGGUGGCGUCUGCAAAGGUCCAGGCACGAUACAAGGUGGCCCCGGUCAGAAACACAAACCGAAUGUAGGAUACCGGUUAGGGCGGCGAAAAGCGCUGUUCGAAAAGCGGAAGCGAAUCAGUGAUUACGCCCUCGUCAUGGGAAUGUUCGGCAUUAUUGUGAUGGUGAUAGAAAACGAAUUAAGUAGCGCUGGUGUAUAUACUAAGGCAUCUUUUUAUUCGACCGCUUUAAAAACGUUAAUAUCCGUAUCGACUGUGAUUUUACUAGGGCUCAUCGUAGCCUACCACGCCUUGGAAGUUCAGCUUUUUAUGAUAGACAACUGUGCAGAUGACUGGCGAAUAGCGAUGACCUGGCAGCGAAUGAGCCAAAUAGCUUUAGAAUUACUAAUCUGCGCAGUGCAUCCCAUUCCAGGUCAAUAUUAUUUUCUAUGGACUACCAAACUAGCUAAUAAGAACAAAGCCAUCGGGGGUGAACUAGUACCGUACGACGUCGCGUUAUCCUUGCCAAUGUUCCUUCGUUUGUACCUGAUAUGUCGUGUGAUGCUGUUACAUUCGAAACUAUUUACCGAUGCCUCGUCACGUAGUAUAGGUGCGCUAAAUCGAAUCAAUUUCAACACUCGAUUUGUGCUGAAAACACUAAUGACAAUAUGCCCCGGGACGGUUUUACUCGUGUUCAUGGUUUCACUGUGGAUCAUCGCAUCGUGGACGCUUCGGCAGUGCGAAAGGUUUCACGAUGAAGAGCAUGCCAAUCUAUUGAACGCCAUGUGGUUAAUCGCGAUAACCUUUCUAAGUGUUGGCUUUGGCGAUAUCGUGCCCAACACGUACUGUGGCCGUGGUAUUGCAGUCAGUACGGGCAUUAUGGGCGCUGGCUGUACGGCACUGCUGGUGGCGGUCGUCUCCCGGAAGCUCGAGCUGACGCGAGCGGAAAAGCACGUGCACAACUUUAUGAUGGAUACGCAGCUCACCAAGCGGUUAAAAAAUGCUGCUGCCAACGUACUGCGGGAAACCUGGCUAAUCUACAAACAUACUCGUCUGGUGAAACGUGUCAAUCCCGGGCGUGUACGAACGCAUCAGAGAAAAUUUCUUCUAGCGAUUUACGCACUUCGAAAGGUUAAAAUGGAUCAGCGUAAAUUGAUGGACAAUGCUAACACCAUCACCGACAUGGCAAAGACUCAAAACACUGUGUACGAGAUCGUAUCGGAUAUGUCAACCAGACAGGACGCUUUGGAGGAACGUAUCACUAGUCUAGAAGAUAAGUUAACAUCCCUACAGACACAAAUCGAAAAUCUUCCGGAAGUGUUAACGCGAUGCCUAACGCAGCAUCAGGAGCGGGUGGAUCAGCGCCGUAACUUCCUGCACCCGGAUGCAGCGGCCACGGGUUCGUCGUCCGGCUUGCCAACGCCGGCGCCACCCCUCGGCUCGCCGCUGAUGCUGCCGCACUCCAGUUUCUCUUUUAGGAGUGUACCGUCGACCUCGACACCGGCCUACCCGUGGCCCGCCAGCCCGAUUCUGCCGCCCAUCUCGAGCCGGACGCCCCACCUCGUGCCGGAAACACUGUUGCCACCGUCGACGACGAGUGCGUCGACCGUUGGUGGACCGGCGGCGUCCUCCUCGUCCACGUCGGUGGCGCUGGUGCCCGCGUCGGCCAACUCCUCGUACGGCAACAACAUCGGCACACAGUCCGCGUACGGCAACACGAUGGCAACACCUCCGUAUGCCGCGCACAACAACGCCCAGUCAUCCACCGGCGACACGCAUCUGGGUAGCCAUCGGACAGGCAGCUGAAUCGAGCUAACCGAUCCCAACCAUCCCCCGCUCCUGCCACCGCCGGCCGCGUCCGACUCCAUCCAUUCCGACCUGUUCCUAUCUUCCUCCGGCAGCUCGACCAGCUGCUACGCCACACCUUCGCUCGCCUCGGGAUCGGUGGCCGGAACUGGCAGCAAGUUCACCAAGCAGCGGGAACGUGCCUCUCGAUUCUAGUAUCAGGCCGUGCGCAGUGCACCCACCAGUACCGGUUGGGCGGACUAGGCAACUACACAAAGAUACCAACACGCAAGAACGCUCGCGAUGGUACCGCGUCAGGUACGGGACAGUUGAAGUUUGGCGUGGGUUUUGGAGCUGGAACCGCCGCGAACGCCAUCUGCAAGGAAAAAAGACUACUUAGUGAUGUAAACGAAUACUUUAGAAUUUAGGCUAACAAAGGGCAACUAGCCAGUUGCGGGCUGCUGCUUUACGGGGCCCGCCGUAGAACAGCAACUAAUAGAGGUGCAUUAUUAACCCAUCACUAGCAUAGUUCUUAACUCGACGACGUAGCAAGGGGAAGGGCCAGGGAACGCAGGGAGCAAAGCGGACUAACACAAAACAAACACCUGCACGUAACGCAACCAACGGGGGGGGACAACAUUACUUCUACGGCGAGAGAAGUAGCGAAAGAGAGAGAGAGAGAGAGGCGUUAGUACAGAAAACCUAGUUAAGUAGUUCCCCGUUCGUCGACUUAGUUUGAUGGUCGAUCAAAUCGGCCGGUAGUAAACUCGAGAGGUAGCAGCAUAGCAUUUCCAUACAUACAUAUAGUGCGGAACUCUCCACUAAACCUAUGAGAACGCAUUACGAACCACGAACCUUACCUGACUCAUCGAGAAUGUCACCAUUCGUCUGGUUUGCGAGCGGAAGGCGCUCACAUCUCUACCGUUCUGUAGGCGAAAUAGCGGAUAACGGAUUGUGUUGCCUUAAAGUGCACCACAAUCACUGCACUGGACGUGGUACAUGGCUUUCGAGACAAGUAACGAAUUUAUCGCUCGAUGGACCGGUCUGAUUGUGUAGCAUCGAACGAUCACCACGAUUUGUAGACCAACCACAGCAUCGCAAACCAACCACCUUGAAACGGUUUCGAGCAACAUGAUUUCAUCGAGUAGCAAACCGUAGUUGCAACUAGAAGAAUGUAGCAUGAUAAGACACCUAAAAGACAGCACAUCUCAAUGAUAAUGAGCAGCACUGGUUGCUAACAGUGUUGAGAUUUUUUAGUUUUCCCCCACUCCUGUUUCUCUCGAACGCAUAUGAUAGAACACACUUAACUCAUAGGCUUAAGCAACCGACAGCACAGCUCUGGAUGGCAAACAGAGUCAAGCGUUCUGUCCAACGGAACGAACCUUGCGCCUCCACGAGAUUCAUCGAACAGAUUUCAGCUUGCUAGCUGUGCAUUUCAAUGUUAUUAUCCUGCACCGUCAGUAUAGUGUAAGCGUUAAGUUUCUUGCUUUAUUUUAACUAGCGCAAACGAACAAGAAAUUGCCAGCGUUGCAUCUGAUCUUCCUGAUUCGUCCGAUGGAGUUUUAUACAACGAAGGUCACAUUGAAACUGCGUUACCCGUUGAUUAUUCUAGUCGCUAUGCUCACACACACACACACUGUUGUUCCUCUCUUCAAUUUGUUACCCUUCAACAGCUUUAAUCGUUAAUUAGAAAAUGUCUUUAAGAUGGGAACCAAAUGAUUCGUUUCAAGAGACAUGCUAUAUAAAUGGCCAGGAACUCUAUCUCCCUAGAUGGCGCAGAUUUGGCUAGUCACGAACGCCAAUUUGAGCAAGGUGCAGCACGGAACAAACCCACAACACAAAGGCUUUAGCGUAAAAACGCAUUAUAUCCUCCGCACUUCAAGGAGCGCAGUGAUGGCGAACUUUUUUUUUUGGUCAAAGUGCCGCGUUCAAACACCCCACUGCGUAAUGUGAUAAAUGAUGUAGAAAUUCAUAGCAAAAGAAGGUGCAGCGCGCUUCUUAUUUUAAUCGCAUAUUUUACUAUAUUUUCGACGCAAUCAAGGACCCCGACCACGAGCCCACGGGCGAUGCGUUUGUUAGGAGCAAAUUUGGAUAAAGUUAGCUUAGGCGAAAGCAAAUUUGAUAAUUAUUAGCCAGCCACUCGAGUAUGAACGAUGCAAACCCUACUGAUGAAACUGUACAUGAUUGCAGGAUAGUUUAGAAACUGUUUAGUUUACUUGACUUCUGCCCCUAUCCUAAGCUCCUGUUAUGCUUUGCAUCCUUUACUUUCUGAUUUAAGUGCCUCGCUUGUGGAACAAGCAAAACAUGACCGUUCCAGCUCUUCUUGCUCCUACUAAUCGAACAUUUUCGCUCCUUAUUUUUCCCCUAAAACUUAUUGUGCAACUUUUCGUCAAAUUCAAUGUAACCCAUUGCAGGCUGUGCACAGGAAGGUAAAAAAACAAAAGCUUUAGCUUCGUCGAGCAAACGAUCGAGCAAACUGUUCCCCGACCAACACUUGCAUAGGCGAUAUGUUAUUAGAUGAUUGCAAUUGUUUUUCGAAUUUUCCCCAAAAACGGCAUGUGCAAACUUCAUGCAAAAAGGGUAGCAUUAAAGCGGGUAGCGCGACACACAUGAUCGUGUGAUAGGUGUGCAAAGAUAGUCAUCACGAUACUGCAUCGAUUAAACUCAUUUCAAAUUACGAAACGAUCGCGAUCGCUUUUAAAAAAAAGGGGGUGGAGAAAACUCGAGCACAGCAGAUACAUGGGGAAGGGAUACAUAAACCGACCAUAGUUUAUACAAAACCACAGUUCAAUGGGCGUGCGUCCACCAGUUUGAAGCGCUUUAACUUCAACGAGAAAAAGAAAAAAAACAUUCAACUAUGCACAAGAAGAACGACAUGAUGCCCACACAUGAUAGGUACAUAUUUUCCGACGAGCUCUUCUUAUCAUCCAUUAGCUGUAAUGAAUCGGUUUCCCGAUAAACGCCGGAGGACGAGGCCUCUCAAAACGCCCGUAAACAGCGCACCGCAUAUGCGAUAUUAAACGGUUCUCCCCCAGUUUUACGCUCUCUCGCCGUGUGCUCCCGCGUGUUUGCACAUGUUAGUGGAGAAGUAGAACAAAAUUAAAACGAACUAGUUAAAUAUAAAUCGAACAACAACAAUGUCUUGGUAAUAUUGCUUUAAAUAAUGUAACGGAGGAAUCAAAUUUACCCCGUGCGGAAAACGACCCACCGGACGUGCGUUACCCCUGUUGGCGUUCCUUUCCGUGAGUUACCUUUGUUGUAGAGAGAUGUUUUAAGUUCAGAAACGCAUUUUAAAUGUUUUGGUGGAUUUUUCUUAUCAUUCCCCAUAUCAUUUCCCUUCUUCAAAAUUAUUUAUAUUUUUAGGAUUACGGCUUGACGCCGUAUUGUCAAAUACUUCAAAAUUACUUUCGUCAAUAAUUUAACCAAAUGUCUUAUGUACGUGCCGACAGGGAAAUGCUCUAAACGGUGGGUUGUUUUCGUACGGUGUUGGUAAUUAAACAUAGAAAUACACAGAAUAUAAAAUAAAAACCCCCAAAACCUAGGUCGUUCCUGUGAAAAAAAGAAGAUUUAGACACAUAUAAAAUUGCGUUUAAGACGCUAGGCAACAGCAAAUUAUAGUUCGUCAUUCAAAUGUACGUGUGUGUGUGUUUGUUCGGCAAAAGUUUAAAAGAAAAAUUCAAACCCCAUAAUCCUACACCAAUCGGCACCGUAACUUUCGAUACAAUUACGCAGCUUACAGCAAAACGUAUGCAACGUAUGCGGAAAAUAGGGUGCUACUUAAAAGUAAUCGUACCAUCCAACAGCUGACUAUGGAAUCAAGCGUUUACUUUAACUGUAAUUUGCAGGGUUUUUUUUAUUCAAGUCACAAUUUCGUUGUCCAUGUGCAGCCGAACAAUUUGCCAAAACAAUGCAACACCGACCACUGUGAGAAGCAACAACAAAAAACAGUUAAUGAUAAGAGGUUCUCUUAAGUUUCGUAGGCUUCAGUUCUGGUUUCAGUAAUCGGUUGAUCGUGAUUAGCAAAAAAAAAACAACCUCCCACGAAGAGCAAAGAUCGAUAAACUCCUGCUGUAAAACGACACUAGCAAGGUAGAAAAUCUACCGCUCGUACGUACAGCUCACUUUGGAACGUUUUGAUACUUCUCUCUUCUCUAGCAAUACAUUUAAAUUAUCAAAAGCUAGACACGGCGAUCGCACCAACUAGAUGCUAGAUGGAAGGGUAUAAAGGGUAUAAAGUAAACACACACACACAGAUCCAAUUAAGCAUUUGCCAUCUUUGCUAUUAGCGAACUGUAGAUCGUCGAUCGUGCAUCGAAGUAGAGGUUCCCUUGCAAAAAGAAAAACAAACAACAGUACGUUGAAGUAGCCUUAAUGUUUGCAUUAUAGUAGCAGCAAAGAUUUAAAACAUUUAAACCUUAAACACGUGGUGAUAGUUGGAACAGGAGUUCAAGCAGCUUACCAUUUGCUGCGCCAAACGUGUUGGGGCUAGGGGCUGAAGCGAAAGCGUAAAUCCAACACGGAAGUCACCGAGCAACAACAAAAACUAAAAAUUUAUUAGGCUCAGAAAAAAGGCGAAUGUAUCAAAUUUAAAUUUAUUUACUCGCGUAUUCCGUUACUUUUUUAACAGAAGCCUACCAAUUAAAAACAAAAUUAAACAGAGAAAGCGUUAAAAGUUAAUACUCAAAUUUUAAAGCAUAUACACCAUUUUUAACACAUUUAUUGCGUAGCUACAGGUUAGAAGCACGAAACAAGAAGGCCCACCUCCGAACGGGGUAACGAAGCUGAUUGCGAUGCGAGUCCCUUCCUCAGCUCAAGCACCAGCGAUCAAGGGAUAUCGAAAAGGAUAUAAAACUGAUACAUGAUCGUGCAUAUGCUCUCUCUCUAUAUCUUCAUGUCGAUAAUUGUUGUGCACCUGCAAGUGCGAAUUGUUAUCUCACUCUCCAGUUAGGAACUGUCGCUCAUCGGUUAACCGUACGCAUGCUCUUUCCCAAUCCAAGGGACAACGAACACAACAAAUCGUUAUUCCACUUCUGGCGAUCGCGAUGUAGCGUGUAACGUUGGUGAUCAGCAAGCUGUCGGUGGUAAUGGUGGACGAUUUUUAACCCAACUUCGAAUUUCCCGUUUCAUCGUGUUACUACGCUAAUUGGGACUGUUUCUUCGCCAUUUGCUCCCAACUACCUACCUACCUACCUACCAACCUACCUACCUAACGACUUACCUUUGAUGGUUAUUCCUAUAUCUACAUACUUACAUAGCUAUCUUUAUACGAAACCUAUACCCUUUUUCCGUGUUAAACUUCUUCAAGCAACAUUAGCGUAGACAAAAAACCAUCUACCCGUAGCUGAACGGGUAAGGCGAAAGCGAAACAAUACUACGGCCAUCAAAACUAAUUUACUCUACACACAUUGAUCAAAGCAACCAUAUGAUGCAGAUAAACACACCGACUGGCGCACUAUACAUAACCUUCGAGGAGGUCUCUUCUUUACGAGAGCUGACGCAACAUUAAAACGAACCAUAUUUAUAUAUGAAUCCAGCACACUGCAGGUACACUCCAUACUCAUCCGUGUACCGUAUCCGUAUCGUACCAGUCGCAUUAUUCACUCGCAAGAAGCCAGAAAGAUGGACAGAAGGUAGAACCCCCCACAACAACAACAAAAAAAAACAUAACAGAAUGCCAAACGAUGUAAACGAAGCAAAGAAUGGCUAAAUUCACUAUCUCGCGCAUAAGAAGAUAGGCGCUCACAGCGCGCAUAACUCACAUAACCAACCAAGGAAUCGAAAUGACCAAUUUCUAAUGCCGGUUCUGUAGCGGUUGUAGCAGUUAGCGGGACGUUUGAUAUUAUCGUCUGUAUAGCAUAAGUUUUAUAUUCAAAUAUUUGCCAGUUAUUCGGAUAGUAGAACUUAUCUUUCACUUCUCUUUUUUUCUUCUUCUUCUAAUACCUAGUACCAUAGGGUUUAGGCACGUUAGUUUAGUUGCCGCUAGCUAGCGAGCUAGCGUAGGUUGCGAUAGUUUGUUCAAUUCGCGUUCACGUUUAGCCAGUGUUUUGUGGGCUGCCGUCUCAUUCGUUUCCAAAACUGCAGCAACGACACGCACACAAAACAAAUCCAUACCAAUACGGACGGAUGCUCAGCGCAAACGCAUUAGUAGGAGCAGUGUAAAGGUUAUUCAUUUCGUGAACCAGAUGGAAGCUCUUUGCAAAACAAAGCAAAAAUCAAUAGCGAAAAACGGGGGACGGAAAAGGUGAUCGCAGAGAAUGAAAGGAGAUGUAUUCAACCCAAUAAAUGCCAACAAUGGCGUGGCGUCGUACACUAAACGAAGUAACAACAAAAAAAAUUCAAAAUAUAGCAAACAAAUAAAGACACUUCUAGGAAUAGUAUUUAAAAGAAAACUAAAAAAACCAAAUAAAACAAUUCAUAAAACGAAAAACCACACUUGCAUAAAUGUAGCUUUAUAGUGUCAAAACAACCACAGUCUAAUUAAAGCCUAAAAGAAGCAGUAACAUAAAUCCCAAGCAUUACGGUAGAUACUAGGUAACAGGCAUGUAUUAUUUGGCGUUUCGGAUUUUUUUUUCUUUCUUGUCUGACCACAUAGUAAAACUAUAAAAAUACAAAACAAGACAGAACAUGGACGGGGCUAAAGAAAAAAAAAAUAUUAAAUUAGUCACAGAAAGAAAAAGAAACGAAACGAAAGUAAAGAUCCACGGUAGUUUGUACAAUCUGUCUAAGAAAAAUCAACCCCAAACACACACACACACAACAUAACAGCAUAAAAGUAUAUCAAAGUAACUAUAAAAGAAUGCGCGAAGCAACAAUGACAAAACACAUCGAUCCAAUACACAUACAAACAAUUCUUAGUGGAGUUAGAUGUCUCAAAACGGAUGGGUUUGCCUUAGUUACUAGAGUUCAAUUCACGUUCACUUCGCUACGUUGUCCGAUCGUAGAGAGAGAGAGAGAUACAUUUAAUGAUCUUUAUUGCCUACUGUAUAUAUUGUUAAAUAGUUCUAAUCAAGAGAAAACUAAAUAAAUUAUUAUAAAAUUGAAAUAGA